AUUGAAUUAUCGGCGACCGUCCAUGUCGAUAUAGGCUAGAUCUUGAUACUCCGUUCUGUGUUUAAAGAGUGAUCGUUUGAUUUGCCGGGCACAUCAUGCUUAAAGCUAUGGCUACUCUGGGCUCUAGGGUUCUUUUUAGAAAUCAAACUUGUUGGAAACCCGUAAAAAAUUUAUCAAGGUUUCAAGUACCAAAACAGAAACAUCAUUUUCAAAAAUCUACUACUCUAACGAGUCUUUUACAAAAUAUGUCGAUUUCAGAAAGCUUCUCCCAAACAUCAAAUUUUCAUACAUCUGUACAAGUUGAAAUGCCUCGAUUAGUGACAAUCAGACAUAAGAAAAUGAAAAAGCAUAAAUUAAAAAAAUUUAGAAAAAGAAUGCAUUACGUCUUGAAAAAACAAAAAGAACAAAGGCUGAAAAAGAGACUGAAAGCUAUAAAAGCAGAAGAAGUAGUUUUAUUAAAUGAAGCCAGGAAAUGGAACCCAGAGAAGGUGCUUGAAGAAGAAAUCGAAGCUGCUAAACGAGGAGGCUGGAAAGUUGAUGUUUUGGAAAAUUACAAAAGACGACAAAGCUUAAAUUAGAAUAUCAUAUAAUUUAUGUAUUGUUUAGGGAAUUUUAACCUAAAAUGUACUAAUAAACGUUUGUUGAAAUUUUCAAAUUCUCUUAAUCUUCUCUGUGCUAGAGAGCUUAAAUGUAAUUCUUGGAUUAUGUAGAUCACAAUUUUGUAGGAUGUAUUAGCAACUAAUCUAGAAAUGUGCAACAAAAAAGUCCUUUUCCUUCUAAUGUGAAACAAAAAAGCAAAUGUUUGCAAAUUCUACAAAAAAAAGUAACUCCGUGUCGGGGAAUCGAACC